CGGCAGCCAAUCGCGACCUGGGUGAGAUUCAGUGGCCGCCGGGAGGCUGGCGGCCAGCGCUGAGGCGGGGACCGUGGGAGUCGCUGCUGAGGCGGCCACGCGAGCGGGUCGUGCUGUUGCGUCUCCGCGGGGCCGGGCCGAGGUGGCGGCGUCUGGCGCCUGGCAGUGAAGGAAGGAGCGCGGGAAGGUGCGAUGGCCGCCACCUAGGGCGGUGGGAGAAUCGGCUGCGACCAGGAUGCCGGCGAGGGGGCGCGGCGGGUCCUCGCUCGUCCCAGUCGGUGUCGAAUGCAGAAGCGUGCAAAAGCUCUCCUGGGGAGCUAGAGAGUUGAAGAAUCCAGCGGAGGGCCUGGACCCCACGGCACUGUGCUGUGCAAGUCCGCCUCAGGAGGCCGAGAAAUCCAUGAUGGAAGGCUGAAGGUGCUGUGCUGCAAAGCCCGCAUCCUGGCUGGAGCUCCUCCCAAGAGAACAGUAGCCACCCCUGGCCGAGACCCGAGCUCAGCUGGAGAGAACAGCCCAAAGGAAAAUCAGCAGCAGAAGCCCUUCAGGGGAAAUCAGCUUGAGCUCCUGCCCUCCUGUUCACCUUUAAACCAUUGCGACAGCACGCCUCCUUCAGUGGAUCUUCCACGCCUAGAACCACGCUGACUCAGUUCAUCUGGGUGUCCCCACGCAAGCUGCCCAUUGAUUAAUUAACCACAACAGAUUCUCAGUCUCGCUAGUUGGAAAUCCCCGUCUGUGAAUCCCUCGCCUUAGGUUUGGCCUUGUUCACGUGUCCAUGGCAUGCCACAGCUUAAUGGAGUUCCCUUUUGUGCCUUGACGGAGCCUACAGUGUAGAGGAGUCAGCUCACCUCAGUCCAGGCAGGAAGUGGACAAAGCAAAUCCUUCUGUGAGGCUGCCUGCAGGUGUUGAUCUUCUUGUUCAAGUAGAAUCUCCAUGGCCUGAACAUUUUUUGGAAAUCGUUUUGAGCACAGGAUCUGUUUACUAACAAGAGAACCACACCAAGAUGGUUGGGAAACUGAAGCAGAACUUGCUCUUGGCCUGUCUAGUGAUUAGCUCUGUGACCGUGUUUUACCUGGGCCAGCAUGCCAUGGAGUGCCAUCACCGCAUAGAGGAACGGAGCCCACCAGUCAGGCUGGAGAAUGUGAAGCCGACGGUACGAACCAACCUGGAUCCCAAAGCCAACAAGACCUUUGCCUACCAUAAAGAUAUGCCUUUAAUAUUUAUCGGCGGUGUGCCUCGGAGUGGAACCACUCUCAUGAGGGCCAUGUUGGACGCACACCCGGACAUCCGCUGCGGAGAGGAAACAAGGGUCAUCCCUCGAAUCCUGGCCCUGAAGCAGAUGUGGUCACGAUCCAGUAAAGAAAAGAUCCGCUUGGAUGAAGCUGGUGUCACUGACGAAGUGCUGGAUUCUGCCAUGCAAGCCUUCUUACUGGAAAUCAUUGUGAAGCAUGGGGAGCCAGCCCCUUAUUUAUGUAACAAAGAUCCCUUUGCCCUGAAAUCCUUAACAUACCUUGCCAGGUUGUUCCCCAAUGCCAAGUUUCUCCUGAUGGUCCGAGAUGGCCGGGCAUCAGUACAUUCAAUGAUAUCUCGCAAAGUUACUAUAGCUGGGUUUGACCUGAACAGCUAUCGGGACUGUUUGACCAAAUGGAAUCGUGCCAUAGAGACUAUGUAUAACCAGUGUAUGGAGGUUGGUUAUAAAAAAUGCAUGUUGGUUCACUAUGAACAGCUUGUGCUGCAUCCCGAGAGGUGGAUGAGAACACUCUUGAAGUUUCUCCAUAUUCCGUGGAACUACUCAGUACUGCACCAUGAAGAGAUGAUUGGGAAGGCGGGGGGAGUGUCUCUGUCAAAAGUAGAGCGAUCUACAGACCAGGUCAUCAAGCCUGUCAACGUGGGAGCUCUGUCCAAAUGGGUGGGGAAGAUACCACCUGACGUCCUCCAAGACAUGGCCGUGAUCGCGCCCAUGCUUGCCAAGCUCGGAUAUGACCCAUACGCCAAUCCACCUAACUAUGGGAAACCUGACCCCAAAAUCCUUGAAAACACUAGAAGGGUCUACAAAGGAGAAUUUCAACUCCCUGACUUCCUGAAAGACAAAGCCCAGCAAACCGAGCAAGUGGAGUAGCAGAUCCCGGAGCAUCUUUCCCACUCGAGGAGAGACCUCCGCCUCUUCAGCCAGAGGGCGCUUCUAGGACCGCUGGCCCCUGCCGAGCUCGGUGGCCCCGUGCGCAGUGACCAAGCGACCUGUCUUCCCGCUCACCCGCUGGUGGCCUCCGAGGGACCUGCUGCCUGGAACACGUGUCUGGGGUGGGGGGACUGUGCGUGCCCUUCUUUCCUUCCCGGAUCCCACCCUCUGUUCUUUGGGGAGGCAGGAAAACGCCGCUGUGUUGGAGUAGGUGGUCCCGACAUGUCCCAGUGUUUUGUCCCAGAACAUUUGUGCCUGUUUAAAUGUAUUGAUGUGGAUAGUAUUAAAGCUUAAUUAUUUAAGUAAUUCAUCGUAUUGAUUCUGAAAAGUUUGGAAAGUACCGUAUACAUUUACAACUUAAUGACUUUUGUAUUUUAUUUUUCAAAAUAAAAGCUUUCAAAGUGAAGCA